AUGGAUAUGGAGUUUUUCUUCUCCAAUAUAUAUGGACAGUUUCAAGGAGCUGUGCAGUACAGCGGAGACAACACAGGGGCUUACGCUGAUGGUUACGGUAUACCGGAAAUGUGCGAGUUCAUGAAAAAUGAAGGAAAAACACCUGUCGAAAACAUCGCUCUCUUCAAUGAAUAUAUGACAAAAUUUUAUUCGGUGAGUGUAGUGUAAAG